AUGAUCAAUACUGAAAGCAAUGGCAACGGGAUCUUUCUUAGUGGUGCUGGCAGUCCUGCCGUGGAUAAGCAACCAUCUAGUACACUGAAAAAGAUGGUAUUAAGAGACGUGCAGAACGAAAAUGUAGGAUCAAUACAUAAGAAUCAAGAGAGUUUGCUCUUUGGAGGAGGAAAACCCAGUGGUGAUGCAAUUAAGGCCCGUGGGACGAAACGACUUACACCUGAGCGCCUUUCGAAUUCCUCCUUGGCCUUCAAUGGUACAAAUGAUAAUAUUAUGAACACCCAUAGAAGAUUAGAAUUAGAACUAGGCAGAGGACGAUUCCUAAACAAUGAAGGCAAAUAUUCUGGUUGUCCUAAGUCAACGAAUUUGUGUCCAUUGCCACCGCCACUGGAAAUCUCUAAAAAGCAAACACUUAUGAGGGAGAGUAACAUUCGUCGUGCUCCUGUAGCUACAUCUAAUCAUAUGACUCCAGUGAUGGUUUUUUCAAGUGUUGGACCUUCAGUUCCCAGCUCUCUUGGAAAGCACGGAAAUAACACCCAAGCUCCUGGAUCUGACUGCCUCAGUGUCUCCUCAGAGCUGCCUCAUGUAGUUGAUUCUAAGGACAACAGUGAUCAGCUAAGAACAGAACGAUUUAUUCGCCUGCAGAAUUUUUUGAGGCAAUGUGAUGAAGCUAAUCAAAUGGAUCGCAUUCAGAUGCUUUUGCAUCUAUCUCCUCUUGAGCUUAGUAAACAUGCUGUUGAGUUGGAGAAGAGAGCAAUUCAAUUGACAAUAGAUGAAGGAAAAGAGAUGCAGCGGUUGAAGGCAUUGAAUGUUUUGGCAAAAUCUUGCCCAACAAAAGUUCCAUCGCAAUCAAAUCAUUCACUACAUUCCAACAAGGAUAAGUCAUGA